AUACCUGCGUUAUUUGGAUCUGUCUUACAAUCUCAUCGAAUGUAUUGAAAACUUGGACAAUCUACAUAUACAGGAACUGCAUUUAGAAUGCAAUUGCAUAACGUCAUUUAAAUCAGAUAUACCAGAUCGUGAUGUGAGCAUAUUACCUGAUCUACGAACGAUAUUCUUGGCACACAAUAGACUAUCAAGCCUGCAAUUCUUCAAAAAUGUGAACAGCCUGCACUUCGUGGAUUUAAGAUACAACAAAAUCACCGAUCUCCUGGAAGUCCUGAAUCUGAAAGACUCCAUAUACGAAGUAGACUUCCGGGGCAACGCUUGUAUAAAGUGGCCGAAUUAUCGAAAUAUAUUGAUAUCUUCCAUACCGAGUAUUAAAUUUAUCGAUGGCGUCGAAGUAUUGGCGGCGGAAAAGGUAUCUCAAUCAUGGUUUUUAUUCGGAGAGAAUUUUACAAUAAACAUUACAAUCACAACAUACAUUACAUAG